AUGGCAGAAAUUGUAGACCAUAGCGACCACAGCAGUGGUUUCAGUGGAAAGGAAAAAAUUACCGAAAUUCUCAACCGUCGUCACAAGGAACGCGAAAUACAAAUUCAGGCAGCGAAACUCGAACGUCAGAAAGAUGCCGACGAAACCGAAGCUAUCCAGUAUUUUGAGGCAUCCUUCGAGCAAAAGGUCAAACUUAUCAGGGACAGUCUGGACACGGUGUCAAAUAGCGACUCGAAAGCCCAGAUUUUCGCUGAGGUUCAGAACGAAAUUUACGACUUGCAACGCUAUCUGUCGACUUCGACGUUCUUCCUCAGCGAGUACAAGAUCAAAAUUUGCCAAAAUACAAUCAACGAACUUGGCAAAAAAUUGGAUAAUCUGAAAAACGAACUGAUCCCUAAGAAAAAGUUCGGUUUCAAAAGUAAGAAGAUAGUCAAAACCAACCAUGAUGGAAAGGAUACCAUUGAUAAGAUAGGACCAGGGGCAAGCUCGGACGCCGAAGGUGAUCGAAUGAAAUGGACAUUUUCCGGCAGAAAGAACGAGCUUAUUGUACUUCCACGUAAGACAAUUGAUGACCAGACGGUAACAGCGACGGAUUUGACAAAUUGCAUCGUGAGAUUGGAAGGGCAUUCUGGCUCGCUGCAAUUCUCUAAACUAAAGAAUUGUCUAGUCAUCUGUGGACCAACUUCAAGAUCAAUAUUCCUAGAUGAUUGCACAAAUUGCAAAUUCGUUGUCGCUUGUCAGCAACUUCGUUGUCAUCGGUCGAAAAAUUGUGAUUUAUACCUAAAAGUGACAUCCCGAGCUAUCAUCGAAGACUGCAAACAAAUUCAUGUGGCCGAGUACAACAAUGGCUAUGAUGAACUGGAAGACGACCUCACCCACUCCGGCUUGGAUCCCGUUGUAAACAACUGGAAUGAAUUGGACGAUUUUAAUUGGCUCGCCACAGACAAACCCUCUCCGAAUUGGUCUAUCCUCGAACAAGAACAUAACGUUAUCGAUUGGAACAUCUAUCAAAACCAGUUCCAACAAACCUUUGCGCUUUAUAAAACGAUUCAAUAAAAAUGCUUCUUGCUUUGUUUUUACAGUAGUAAUUAUUUAUCGA